AUGGAAAGUCGUGCAAUAAGCACGAGUAUAAAAAUGAAAGACAAUGGCACCGACAUCAAUCAGUCGAGUCGAGUUUUUCAGUUCGCCUGUUUGGUUUCGGUUUGCAGAGCAGCAGACCACAUAAAUUUAUUAACGAACCUCGCUUAUGGUGAAAUGAUGAAAACAGUGCAAAAGAACCACAUCAAAAAUAACAAGCUAUAAUAGCAAAUUAAAAUAAGGAAAAUUGGACAGUGGAUAGUGGACCAGCGAACUUUUGUGUCUCUCAUAAUAAAUGGCCCGGCUGCCGUUCGUGAUGAAAUUAUUUAUGAAAAAUAAAUGGAAUACAUCGCCCUGGUGGGUGCUGAUGGUGAUGCUGAUGCCGUUGCAAGGGGAGGCGUCUACCGUUGCGACCGAGACCCACACAACCACGAAUGCAACAUGCAGACACGCCACGGACAUGUGGGGAGAUCCGGAUCCCAACAUAUUCUACGUGUGCUCCGAUGGCGGCCAACCGCUGCAGCUCCAGUGUCCGCCGGGCCGUGGAUUUUUCAACGGUCUGGGCCACCUCGGCUGUCUGCCCUUUGCCGACUGGCCAGCCUGUCGGCCCACAGAGGAGCAGGUGGCCGCCCAGCUGUCAGCUGGCUGUGACAGCAGCAACCAGCACCCGCUAGCCCCCUGGAGCUCACCGGAUCCCAAUCAGUUCUACAUGUGCCCUUCGGUGGCAGCCACACCUCUCCUGCUCACCUGCGCCGCCGGCAAAGGAUUCGUGUCCACAACGGAGGUGACUGGUUGUGCAGAUUGGUCACUGUGGCGUCGCCAGACGCAAUGUGAGGCGUACUUUUGAAACGACCGAACCACCGGAACAUGUACCCCCACCCUUCAAUACAUGUUUCAAUAAUCACCAUUACUGGGUUCUCUGCCC